CGAGGUGGCAGCACUUAUAUAUAAACUUAACGCCAUUUUUCUAAUGGAAUGACGUAAAUUUUUUUGUUUUUAACAAUUCAUACGUAAAUACGCUAGUACGACACGUAAAAAAAUACUGAAACAGUAAAAAUAUAUUUGAAAAUUUUUUAAAUUUGCCAUGACGUCGAACCAUAGGCCCUUGGAGGAAGGUGACAUCGAGCUAAUCGAUCGUGUGCGUGCAUCACCUUGUCUCUACAAUACAAAAGAUCCCAAUUUUCGUUUGAUAUAUAAAAAGGAACAAGAAUGGCAGGCCGUAGCCGAUGGUCUAGCCAUGACCCAUUGGGAGGCUCGUAAACGUUGGACAGUGCUUAGAGAUCGUUAUGCUCGCGAGUUAAAACAAUUAAUUUUACAUCCCGAUAGUACGGAAUAUGGUAAAAAUGAUUUUUUCCUACGUAUGGAUUUCAUAAGGAACUAUGUUAAGAAACGGGAAGUGAAAAGAAAACGUUGCAACUCACAAGGUGUAAAACCGAAAGAAACGGAUAAAGCUAGACCCGUCAAACUGUAUAAAGCUGAGUCGGAUGGGUCUAAUUAUGAAACGGAUUAUAUGUCUCAAACGGAAAAAAACUAUAUACUUGAUGAUAGUCAGGAUGCUUCAUCGACGGGUAAAUACAGUUAUGUAGAGCAAUUAUCACAGAAUGAUAUGGAAGUGAACGAAGAAGUGCCGUCUGAACAUCAACAGGCAAAUCAAAUACAAGAAGAGGAACAAGAGGAACAUUGUGGCGAACAGGAAUAUCAUGAUUAUGUGGAAGAUACAUCUGCGGUCUACGAAGCAGUUGAGGAGGACCCUGAAAAUCUUACCCAUAAUGAAACAGAUUCCAAUUACUUGCUGGCGCCUUCAGUUAGUAAUGGUUCUGUUGGUGCUGGUGCUGACAACAAUGUUAUAGUUAAACCAGAAUGUAAUAAUAUUGUUGAUGGUUACAAUAUUUCCGUGCAAGAAGAGCAAUUGUGUAGUGCACCACCACCACCCCUCGUACAUUCACAACAAAAAACGGUUAUACAAAAUACCAGCCGGGAUACUAACUCACCAAUAUCGACGCCCGAUACUGAAGAAUAUUUCUCCAAAACGAUAGCCUCCUAUUUGAGACAGCUCUCGCCAAGACAUAAAAUUAAGGCUAAAGUGGAAAUGAUGCAAAUUAUUGAAAAGUUCAUAGAAUUAGAAGAAGCAAAGUUGUAAAAAUCAGUAAAAUUUUUAAUUAGUUUUAAGUGUAAAAAAAACUUAGUUUAAGUUUUGUACAUAAGAAAAAUCAGUGUUAUAUUUUAAUAAAAAAAUAUAUUGUAUUAUUAAAA